AAAAAUUCUAAGUGCCUUACUUAGUGAAUCUUAGCUAAGCAUAUUACUUCUUGCUUAAAAUAUAACGUCACAAUAGUGUGACAUCAUAGCGGGUUUUGACGAUACUGGAUCUCCCGUUUUACAUCACUCAAAGACAUCAUCAUCGUCUGAAUAUGGCAGAAAAAAAAAACCGCAAACCGAACUGGACAAUGGAAGAAUGUUUACAUCUCACGCGCUUAUUCAAUGAUAAUAAGAAAAUUUUGAGGGCUAAAUUCGGCGCCGGCGUGACCACUCAAAAGAGGAGAGAAAUUUGGAAAUCCAUAACUGAUAAAAUUAAUGCUGCCAACCCUUCAACAGCCCGAACUGUUGAAGAAGUUGAAAAGAAGUGGCAUAACAUUCAUAUGAAGGGACGGGGAGAAAUAUCUGACUUCGGAAGAAGUUUGCAGAAAACAGGUGGGGGACCGGCAGAGAAACCUUUAAGUGCAUUGUCACAAGCUGUUGAAGAGGUAAUUGGAGAGGAAAAUGUUUCCAUCUGUGAAAUAUCUGGGGCUUUUGAUUCCUCUUUGAUGACGUUUAACACUUUCAACAGUGGUAUGGAAGACAUCCCAUCUGGUUCUCUGCGAGGUCGAGUGGUGGAGGAUUUUCAGCUUGAUCCACAACUCCCAACAUACACGAGUCAAACUAUUAUCCAAGAAGACGUGUCACUGGGUACAUCGGGCUUCCAAAUGCCGCCAACUUCUCCAAGAGAAACCACUACAGUUACAUGCAACUUAGCCAGAGAGAAACUUCAACUUGAAAUUGAAAACCUCCGUCUGAGGAAUGCCCUUCUGAGACAACAAUUGAAAGAUUUCAAUAAAAAAGAUUUAUAAAAAAUUCAUUUUAAUGUUUACUGAAAAUACAGUAAUUUAGAUUCGA